GCCCGGCGCCGGGCUGUCAGUGAGCGUGGGGCCAGCGAGCGAGCGAACGGCUCCGGCUCCCGCGCCCGCUCCGGCCCGACUCUUCUCCGGCCGCCGCCGCGCCGCGACCUCGGCCGCCGGCCCGCGUUCCUCCCCCGCCCGGGGUCGCCCGCCCCCGCCCCCCGGCCCUCCCCGGCUGCUGCCGCUCCCCGGCGGAGGCAAGAGGUGGUUGGGGGGACCAUGGCUGACGUUUUCCCGGCCAACGACUCCACGGCGUCUCAGGACGUGGCCAACCGCUUCGCCCGCAAAGGGGCGCUGAGGCAGAAGAACGUGCAUGAGGUGAAGAACCACAAAUUCAUCGCCCGCUUCUUCAAGCAGCCCACCUUCUGCAGCCACUGCACCGACUUCAUCUGGGGGUUUGGGAAACAAGGCUUCCAGUGCCAAGUUUGCUGUUUUGUGGUUCACAAGAGGUGCCAUGAAUUUGUCACUUUUUCUUGUCCUGGUGCGGAUAAGGGACCGGACACUGAUGACCCCAGGAGCAAGCACAAGUUUAAAAUCCACACUUAUGGAAGCCCCACCUUCUGUGAUCACUGUGGGUCAUUGCUGUAUGGACUUAUCCAUCAAGGGAUGAAAUGUGACACCUGUGAUAUGAACGUGCACAAGCAGUGUGUGAUCAAUGUCCCCAGCCUCUGUGGGAUGGACCACACAGAGAAGAGGGGCCGGAUCUACCUGAAGGCUGAGGUCACCGAUGAAAAGCUCCAUGUCACAGUACGAGAUGCAAAAAAUCUAAUUCCUAUGGAUCCAAAUGGGCUUUCAGAUCCUUACGUGAAGCUGAAACUCAUUCCUGAUCCCAAGAACGAGAGCAAGCAGAAAACCAAAACCAUCCGCUCCACACUGAACCCCCAGUGGAAUGAGUCCUUCACAUUCAAAUUGAAACCUUCUGACAAAGACCGACGGCUGUCCAUAGAAAUCUGGGACUGGGAUCGAACCACAAGGAACGAUUUCAUGGGAUCCCUUUCCUUUGGAGUCUCGGAGCUGAUGAAGACACCGGCCAGUGGAUGGUACAAGUUGCUUAACCAAGAAGAAGGUGAGUACUACAACGUACCCAUUCCAGAAGGAGAUGAAGAAGGAAACGUGGAGCUGAGGCAGAAAUUCGAGGGAUGUUAUGUCCACUUCUUGAAGAAAGCAAAGCUCGGCCCUGCUGGUAACAAAGUCAUCACUCCUUCAGAAGACAGGAGACAACCUUCCAACAACCUUGACAGAGUGAAACUCACAGACUUCAAUUUCCUCAUGGUGCUGGGGAAGGGGAGUUUUGGAAAGGUGAUGCUCGCUGACAGGAAGGGGACAGAAGAACUGUAUGCCAUCAAAAUCCUGAAGAAGGACGUGGUGAUUCAGGAUGACGACGUGGAGUGCACCAUGGUGGAGAAGCGAGUCCUGGCCUUGCUUGACAAGCCCCCGUUCCUGACACAGCUACACUCCUGCUUCCAGACGGUGGAUCGACUGUACUUUGUCAUGGAAUACGUCAACGGUGGGGACCUCAUGUACCACAUCCAGCAAGUGGGAAAAUUUAAGGAACCACAAGCAGUAUUUUAUGCAGCCGAGAUCUCCAUUGGAUUGUUCUUUCUUCAUAAAAGAGGAAUCAUUUACAGGGACCUGAAGUUAGACAACGUCAUGCUGGACUCAGAAGGGCAUAUCAAGAUUGCUGACUUCGGGAUGUGCAAAGAGCACAUGAUGGAUGGAGUCACAACCAGGACCUUCUGUGGGACUCCAGAUUACAUUGCUCCAGAGAUAAUCGCUUAUCAGCCGUAUGGGAAAUCCGUGGACUGGUGGGCCUAUGGCGUCCUAUUAUAUGAAAUGCUAGCUGGACAGCCUCCAUUUGACGGCGAAGAUGAAGACGAGCUGUUUCAGUCGAUAAUGGAGCAUAACGUUUCUUACCCAAAAUCCUUGUCCAAGGAGGCCGUUUCCAUCUGCAAAGGCCUGAUGACCAAACACCCCGGCAAGCGGCUGGGUUGCGGGCCCGAGGGGGAAAGGGAUGUGCGGGAGCACGCCUUCUUCCGGAGGAUCGACUGGGAGAAACUCGAGAACAGGGAGAUCCAGCCGCCCUUCAAGCCCAAAGUGACUUUCUGUACCAAAAUGCACUGGCUUCAGUGGUCAUCCAGGCCUUCGUGUGGCAAAGGUGCAGAAAACUUUGACAAGUUCUUCACGCGAGGGCAGCCUGUCUUGACACCGCCUGAUCAGCUGGUCAUUGCUAACAUAGACCAGUCUGAUUUCGAGGGGUUCUCGUAUGUCAACCCCCAGUUUGUGCACCCCAUCUUACAGAGCGCAGUAUGAAACUCACCACCGAGAACUAACGCCUCCCCAGCCCCCAGCCCUCCAGCAGUGGGAAAUGAUCCUUAACCCUAAAAUUUUAAGGCCAUGGCCUUUUCUUCCGUUCCAGAUGGAGGCCUGAAAAUUUUAGGGUUAUUAGUCCAAAUGUGAGUAACUGUUCAGGGUUUCUGUCUUACAACCAAGAACGUUAUCUUAGUAGAAGGCAGUAUCAUGUACAGUGUUCAGUUUAAGUAUGUAGAAGUCACAUCUGGCUGUAGAUUAACCCUUCCUAAAAAACAAACUCUCCCCCUUUUUUGGUACGGUUUGAUAUAUAUUCCAUGCCCUCUGUCAGUUUCCACCAUUGGGAUCCCCCCAACCAGAGAUGUUCAAAUGAACCUGUCCCGGUCCAGUGGGCAAGAUAAUAUCUCCACCUGAGAUGUCUUUGGACUCCAAGAAUGGGGACCCCAGAAUGUGAGCCAGGCGGGAUUGGGGGUAGGGGAGACUUGGAAAUACCCGCUGCUUCUGUUCUCUGCCUCAGUGGAAACAGUCCCGAGAUGAAUCAAGUCCCUACCGGUGAGUCAUUUGCAAGCUGUUACCAGACGUUGACUGUCUUAACCCAAGCAUGGUUCAGUGAUGACCGGUUUUAAAAAACAGACACCUCAGAGGAAUGUUGGUGGGUCUGUCAGCUGCCCUAUUUGGAUGAUAAAUUAUCUUGAUACUUGCAUUUCUUUGUAAGAGGCCAAAUCUAAGAACUUUGCUAAAUCAGCAUGUGACAUCAUUUCAGAUCAAGGAUAACCCAGUGUGUGUGUACGUUCAUUUUAAUCUCUGGGAGAUUAUUCCGUGAUCCAGGGUGCCAUCCGCAAUCAUGCCACUACUCGUGAGUGUUGUUAGCCAACCCCCACCCCAACCAAUAUUUUGCUGCCUACUUCCUAAGAAGCUGAAGGAUACGCCCCAUCCCCUUUUGUACUUAUUUAUUUAAUAGGCUGUGGUGUCGUUGAUGAGAGUAUUGCUGUAAAGUAACUGAACAGAGUGUUGACUGUAGCAUAAGUCUCCAUCGAUCGGUAUCUCUCCCAUCUCCAGCCCCUGACAUCCGCUAAGGGACAGAAACCAAUGCAGUUUCGGUCCCCGUUUCCAGAUCAUGUUGAAUGGCACACCUGGAGGCGUAGAAUCAGGAAAAUCUGGAUGCACAUCAGCUCAAAGAUAUUUUAUUGCUCGAAGGAUUUUAAUAUGUUUUGCAAAUGCAUCAUGCAAUGAAUUUUGCAUGUUUAUAAUAAACCUUAAUUACAAGUGAAUCUAUAUUAUUGAUAUAAUCGUAUCAAGUAUAAAGAGAGUAUUAUAAUAAUUUUAUAAGACACAACUGUGCUAUAUUUGUGAAGGCUCUUGUUUCUAAUCUGCUUCUAUGAUUAAGUUUUAGCCUAAUCCCUUGCUGCCUCCUGUCCCCCCACCCCCACCCCGUGCAUACUCCGCACACUGGCACUGUAUCAGAUAUAUUAAUUUCCUGUCGUAGAUCUAAUUUUGAAAACGAAUGGCUCUUUUACGUGCUUAAUUUGAUUCUACCUGCAAACAAAAGUUUUGUUGUCGGGGAUCGUCUCCGAGAGGACACUCUCUCCCAGCUCCUUAGCCACAUCUUCUGUUCUGGUUCCUAUUCCACUCUUCCUCGUGGGGACAGCGGGAAGUGUCAGACUCCCGUACGUCUAGUGUGUUCGGGCAGGUGUGAUGUUGUUGCAGCCCCUGGGCUGGAUUUUGUUUGGUUUUUCCUUUUCAGCUUUGUUACUGUUAGUGGCUCGGGGUGGGAGGGACAGGAAGACGCCUUCUGCCACGUGUGCUUGGACGCAGCAGAAGGACUCUGUCCGCCUUGCCGCCCCCGGCACGACUUGCCGUUCCCUCCAGCACAUUACAGACUUCAUGAGACAAACCGUCCCGUCCAGCCGCCCCUGGGAACCGCCAUCCCCUGGCACUAACGGCAGACUCUUUAGAAGCUGCAGGUUUUCUCCCACCUGUUGCUCGAACUGGCCUUUCCGGUCUCGGCGAAGAGCGCUUCUGUGGUGAGAUGCUGUGCUAACAACACAAGGUCCUCAGAGAAGCCAGCCUCCUACAACAGAAAGAACAUGGAAGCAGGGAUCAUUUCGUACAGGGGCCUCUCCGUUUCCCCUUAUCCCCCAAAUGCGUCUCUCAACUAAGCACCUCCUCAUUUUUACUCUCUGGCUAUUUGCCUGAAAUUCACGUCACAACCGCUGAAGGGUCUUUGAGAUGGCAGACCCAGUCUGUCCUGGAAAGCCUGGACUGGAGGAAGAGGUGGGGUAGGCAGUGGAUCCUCCUGGAAAAGAGCAACUUCCUCCGCACCACCUUUUACGGGCGGUAGGCUUCAGAAUUCAGAAAGGGCCCCAGCACGCCCAGAGCUGCAGCUCCCCCUGGUCAGUGCACAUUUUGGGGACACUUCCCCACCAGGUACCCCUCGUUCAGUGCGAUAGAAAAGGGACCAGUUCAUAGAAUGAGCCUAAGAAACAAAAAAGCCAGACGCCCGCCCUGCCCCAGGACUGAGCAGCCGCGGGACGAACCCCCAGCCAAGCCCCAGGCAGUGAGGAAAUUUUCAGAAAGGAACUUGUGGGGUUAUGGACUAUUUGUUCCCGAGCCCCACGCUGGCUGCUUGUUUCUAAGCCAGCAGGAGUCUCAGGCUUUCCCUCGAACAGCCAACACAUUUCCGAAUUCAUACUUCUCCAGGAAACAUGUUCAGCAUCUCAGCCGGCUUGUAUUCUUUCAGAACGCAUGGCAGAGUCUUAAGAGGAGAUAUCCUGGCUGUGGGGCCCAGCACUUGGCCUGCAGGACAGCAGGCUUGAGCACAAACUUGAAGGAAAGACAGUAAAACUCAGGGCCUGGUGAAGUGUUACCCGUGCUGUACCCUGUUCGGUACGUGGCUUUGUUCCAAAUUUAGAUAAGGGCUAAAUGUUUUAAAGGUCUGAGAAGCCCAAGACCGUGAUUGCCGGAAGAGUAAACCAUGGGGGUCACCCUUGCCAACCGUUAGACCAGCUUAUAAAGGAAUUGAUUUAUAUAAGCCUGGGGCGUGGUCCCACUUCACGGGCAUCGUAUGAAAUAAAAGUGCAGGGAAGGGGUGCUUUGCUGGCCGCAGCGGGCGGCUGGAAUGAGGGAAGCACCUUGGAUGGCAGAUGACCGGGGGCCUCUUGAAAGACCAGCCCCUGAGCGCCGCCCGAAUCACUGAGGACCGCGGAGGUCCAGGGCCCGGGCAGAAUCUAGCACAAGCUACUUCUCCACCAGACUCCUCAGUCCGUAACUCUGAGAGGCCGUUCACGUCGCCUUGCGUCCUAUUGUCCCUUGGACGGUGGCUGCUUCUAAGCAGAACUUCGCUCCAAGGCUACAGACCAGAGGGCUGGCAGUCCUUCUCUUGGCGUCUUGUCUGAAGGCCCUAGAUGCUUGGCUUGGAUGGAAGGACGUGGAGUGUGCUCCUGGCUGCAGCCCGCAGAGGUUAAUGGGAGGUUCGCUGAAGGCGGGAAGCAAUUCAAAAGGUUGAUAGGAGACCCUAGGAACUGAAAUAAUCGCUCUCUGGCACAUCUACUUCUCUUUUAUCCCCGUGACCUAGUACCAGUGAAUGCAGACCUUCUUAGGAGAUGUGUUAGGCUUAGUAGGAAUUUUGGCAGAAAAUCAGAGAGUGUAGGCCACUCUAGAACUUCCCCUGACAUGGUUGGUUAAAAGGUGGUGAAAAACCAAGGUGGGUGUAAGCCAGCAGACGGUUGUGGAGCACGUCUCUGAGCUGCAGUCCUUAGCAGAGCGUGCAACUUAUUUGCUGGGAUGAAUACACAGAGCCCAAGAGAGACACCCGUUGACGUCCCGAGAAGGGAGAGGUUGGUGGAGGCCGAGGUCAGUAAGGCAUUCAAAGAAGAGCAGGGCUUGAGUGUGUCCAGGAGGAUUCUUGCAAGAAGGAGGAAGCCAGGAGAGCGUGGAAGGAGAGGGCAGCUCGGGAAGGAACCUGCUGCUAUUUCCAGUGGCUUUGCGCUGUUGGUUGUUGAUGCCCCUGCUGGUCCCGGAGAGCAGUUUUGCUGCCCGAAACACAGUCUAGUCCUCCUCAGGAAACAUCUCCUGAGUGCCAGCCAGUUCCUCACUAGUCCUUGAGGCCCCCUUCCCCUGCCUGCCUUGGAGGGGCUCACCAUUCCCUGGGCAGAGCCACACCAGCCAGCACACCCUGGAAGCCAGUAGGUCCCCAUCCAUUUUCUUCUGUGGCUUCCUGCCAAGAGUUAGGGCAGCCGGGGAUGGAUGGAGAAGUGGCAAAAAUAACUUAACACUGCAGUUCCCACCUGAUUGCACUUCGCAGAACAAAUUUGGGUUUUUCCUGCUGGGAUCUGACUUCUCAGUACCAAAGAGGGAGGAAAAGUGAGAGUCUUAUGUUUUUAAAUGCCUCAGAAAGGCAACACCAACUGACUGUCAUUUUCUCACUUUGGUCUGAUGAAGCCAAUCACCUCUUUCUUGUGUGUGCUUAUCACACCAUUUCCUGUCCCUUUAAACCCAGCAAGGGCGGGGCGCCUGUUCCCCCACCGAGCACACUCAACAGUCAUCAUCAAGAAAUAGACGCUGACCUGGGGACCCAGAUAGGAUGGUCCUAACAGUUACAGGAGCAGCAAAGCCAUGACAGUUACAAUGAAGGAAAGGGGCCCUCUACUGCUUAGUGACUGCACACUAAUUUGACAAGUGGAGAAAUCGUUUUUAAAACAUUUUCCUUGAGUUCCUUGGGUUACAUUUUAUGAAAUAUACCAGACUGUAAACAUUUCUGUCAUUUCCCAUCUGGGCCGACGCAACAAAUCUAGGGAAUGCCAUAUCUUUCUGCUGCAAAAGAUACAGAAAAUUGGGAAAGGUGACCUGAGUUAUAGCAAGCAAAGGCAUCUAGAAAUGGUGUCAACCCCCAUUCGGUUAAUUCUCUGAUGUCAGGGACUCUCGAAGAGUUGAAAUCCUGUAUGACCAGGAAUCCCAUGCCUCUGAUUUAUGUGAUCAGAUGUCAGUUCAUAACUGUGUAGGUCUCACUCAGUCAUGAAACAGCCUUACAGUGACCCUACACUAAGGCCCACGAGUUCCAAAGACUUUUUUUGAAACCCUUAGGAAGAAAUUAAUUUGUUAAUUCCAGUAGAACAACCGAGUAUACUGGGCUAUUUGUACUUUUUUAUGGAGAACUUUAAUAACUCAAUUCUUCUUUUAAGAUAAGUUUUUAAAAUAAAAUUACUGACACUUUCGUAAGAUUCCAAUCCCUUGGAGUCUAUAGGAGGACUCAGACGCGGUCAGGCUAGAGCACCCCUGACCUGCACUCCCACUGCAGGAUUUUCCCAUGCCAGUGGUAUAUGAAGUCCACAUCAGAACGGCUGGAAAUCAGGUGGAAUGUGUUGGCAGACUGAUGCCCUUCAUGUUUUUAAUGGACACUGGGGAUAACCGUCUAAGGUCUAGAGACUUUUUGGACCAUAGGAAAGAUAGCUUUGUUGUCCCCCUUCCAGAUGGAGCCCCAGGAUAGCAUUCCCCUGAGAUCCCUGGGGUCCCUUUCCUUGCUCUGUGAGGCUCUGUGACCACCUUUUGGUUUGAGGGGCAGGACAUUUCCUCAGCUCUGUCUCCAGUCCCCAUGGGUCCCCAAGUCUCACAUUCAGUGAGGAUUCAGAAGUGCCCUGUAGAGAUUUUGUCCACUGGGCAAUUCAGAUCUAAUUCAAUAUCCCCAAGAAAGAAGAGGUGUGACAGCAAGCACCCCCUGGGGCAUCUGUUUCAGAAUCCUCUCUUAUGUGAGUAGACAGAACCCCACUUUUCAGAAAACUAUCAAGUCUUUAUAAGAACCUUUUUUUUUUUCUUUUCUAAAAUAAGACAAAAGGUGGCUUUGCAUUUUCUGAUUAAACAACUGUGUCUUUGUCUCCUCUGCUUAACUUUAGGAGUAUUUAUUCCUGUGAUUGUUCGUAGAUUUUUGUUGAUAUUCUUCCUGGAAGGAUGUGAUUCUUUUCUUAAGGGGAUUAGCGGACUAUUCAAAAUCAUCCACCGAAGGCAGUUAUUCUUUUGAGUCUAAAUGGUCUAAAAAUUCACCUCAUAUCCUUUCUAUCAGGGUCUUUCAGAAUAGCUUUUAUAGAUGGUCAGAGACAUUUGAAGUCAUUGCUUUUGCCACAUGAUCGUGUGUGUGUGUGUGUGUGUGUGUGUGUGUGUGUGUGUGUGUGUGCGCGCGAAGGACAGGUCAUGUUUAAAUCGUUAAUUGAAAAACAUCGUGUAAGACCCCAAAUUCUGACGGAGGAGGAAGAGGAACAGGUGGAGGUUGAGGUUUUCUCUUCUGUAUAAGCACCUACGGACGAAAUGUAGAGGCCAUUCAACUGUCCAGUAACAUUUGGUUUAAAGCAGGCGAGAUAGAUGUAUAAAUUCAGUGCUUUCCCCACUUUGUAGAACCUCUGAUCUUCGUUUGCAUGAUAUGCUUUGUUAGACACAUUAAUUGUAGUUUGGAAGCAAGUGUGUACAAAUAAAUACAACGAUCAUUGCUCA